CAUCUCCACAAGCCUCCAUACAGGCGGAUGGGCAAACAAAAAACUACAAUUGCCAUAAUUAUUAUAAGCAGGAGCGCAUACGCAACUGGCCAGUCCGACGUAUGUAGCCGCGCCAUUCACAGCGCGCAUCACGUUCGAAUCUGUUCGAAUCGAAACAAAAACAAAAUUCAAAUUUGAAAUACAACCUUUUCUAUUUUUAAACAUAGACUUUUAUAGAAUGUAAAUCCGGCAAAUAUAGGAACUCUUUUUUUAUUUUUUUUUAUAAAGCAAACUGGUUUUCGUAUGCAGUGCGUCGUAAAGUUUUAUAGCGAGGGAUGGACUUUAUAGAUCGGUGGUUAAAUUGAGUUUCUUCAAAAUGGAACGCUUGCUGUUUCUGAUAUUAACAAUAUGCAUCGCGUCCUCAAUCCUCGAGACAACAGUAGCCGAUUCUGUGCUAUCGGCGGUGCUAACACCAACGGACGAGACCAAAUCUAGCCGACAAGCUCGCAGCUACUACGACACGCGGUACGGCACUGGACGGCCUUACGAAAGGAUAGAAUACGACCGCCCUUCAAGAUGCGGCCGCUGCCAAGACGACAGAGAUGACGAUGAUUACGACAGACGUCGCGACAGGUUCGACGAUGACAGAAGAGGCAACCACAAACCUACGUAUGGCAGCCGGUACGACAGGAAUAAAGGCGACCAAGACGAUGACGAUAGAAGGUACAGCACCGACAGAACAAAUCCAAAGAAUGGAACAGAAGAUGAAGGUGACAAAGACAAGAAACAGUUUGAUGACAAGGAUAGAAGGCCCUCGGGUGGAAGGAGGGAUAGGGACAGAGAUCGCGACAGGGAUAGGGGUAGAUACGAUGACCGUGACAGAUACAGACAUGACUAUUACGAUAGAUUCUUAGGAGAUAGGUACAACAGGGAUAGGUAUGAUAGACCGCCUUACGACGACCCUUACAGAGAAAGGAGGCCUUUGUACGAUAGGUAUGAUGAUAGAAACAGCUUUGGUGGCAGAUUUGAUAACUAUGGAUAUGGAGGCUAUAGAAGACCAGCUUAUAGCGACAGAUACGAUAGAGUUGGAGCCUAUGACGACUCGUUCGGAGGGUACGGACCUACAGCUGGAAGAGGACCACACGACAGUUUCAGGCCGUGGGACGAAACGUACCGCGGACAGGCGGGCUGGGACGCGGGCGGCCGCGGCUAUUACUUCGCUUCGGGACGCCCAGACGCAGCGCCGGCACCUUCCACUGCCUGGGGCCGUCCUGAAUACGCCAGACCACAGUACACAGACAGCGGUUGGCAGAACGUGGGCUACUCCCCCUCUGCAGGGUACCGCGACCCGCUGGACUACCGUGGCACCGGGUACGACAACACCGGGUACGGUGCUACGGGCGGAGCCGGGUACGGGGCCGGUACGGGUGGGACCGGGUACGGGGCGGGUACGGGCGGCUACAGCGGAUGGAGGAACGUCGGCCGACCCUAUAGGGACGAGAGUGGAAUCCCGAAAGGAGACGACCGCGACAUUGAACCUUCGCGUUACCAAAACUACGACCACAGCGGCAGGCAACCAAGCAGCUACGACCAACAAUCCAAUCGACAACCACCAACGUACAGCCAACAAGGAAACCGCCAACCUCCAACAUACGGGGACCAAUCCAAUCGCCAACCUCAAACAUACGGCCAACAAUCCAGCCGCCAGCCUUCCUACAACGGCCAAGCGUACAGCCAACCCGUUAACGUGGCCAGUCAUAGCAGCACUACGCAAAACACCAACUAUCUUUUCGAAAGAGAAGACAAUACAGUCGCUACAAAGGUUGAAGAUGCAACUACAAAAUCUAUUUCGUCCUAAUAUGAAAUGUAAAUAGAGAUAAUUUAUAGCUACGGAUCCUUUUCGGUACUUUACGCAGAAAAAAAAAGAAAAUCUUAAUGCUAACUUCUUACAGUCGCACUUGUAGAAGUCAAUCAACUUUAAAAUUUGACUAUUGACCUUACUAAUAAAAAAUGAUUUUUCUUACGCAGCAAAGAUUUAAUAUAUUUACAAUAACUAAAACACAUUAUUAAAAGGAGUCCCUUUAGGCAAGGUUCCAAAGAUACUGGCAGCGUUCCCCCUUUGAAUAGCUAGACUAAUUCUUUGUCCGAGGUAGCUGCCAGCUCUUCGGUCUCCUGUGAUGUCGACCAACCUUUUUGCUAUUUCCUUAAAAAGCCUUACAGCGCUAGGACACCACGAACAAGGGUCUCGACACCGAAUGGGACAAAAUCAUAUUCGGAGCCUAGGCCCCUGUAUUUGCAUGCCUUAGUUUUUUCAGCCGCUUCGCAAGCCGUACCAGCUCUGUUGUUGGUUCAUGUAGAUGGGAAGGGGCCAGCGUGUCUGAACUGGUUGCAUCCCAUACUAGCAUCCUAUACAUAAAUUUGACUAAAGUUGAUGCUUCAUGAGAUAAAUAAUAUAAUAAUAAAAAUUUAUCUUAAGUGAAACUUCUUUUCUUAAAUAACCUAACAUUAAGCGGUGCAUAAGGCAUAGGAGAAUGGAGUAGCGCACGUAUAAUUCAUGUAUAUUGUCUCAUAUGACGCUCGUAGCGUUCCAGCCUUCGUCGAGUUACCCUCCAAAUUUCAUACUAGUCGGGAAGAGCUGCACUGCUGCUGCCAGAAUAGACGCUCGUGAGCAUUUCUGUUUUAUCUUUUCCAUAAGAUUUUUCAAUUAACACCCCCUCCGAAAACAAGUUUCACUUCAAAAUCAUUUAAAUUUCAGAAGUGCAUCUUAGAAAUAAAAUACCUUAAAUUGUGGGAGGCUGGAACCUAAUAUAGGCAGUUUCCUGUUCGUGCUGUAAGCCACAGGCCACCCACCCUCGGAUAUGCAAUUUGUUGUAAACAAUGCCGAGGAAUUUAAGAAGCAAGGGGAAACAAAAAUUCUAGAACUAGGUCUCUGAUCUAAACAAGUUAGAAUAUCAUAAGGUUAGCUUAAACAACAGCUUUUUCAGAGCCGUAUUCACAAUACUAAGGAACUUUUCUGUUUAAAAUACUUACGAUACGCUCAAUGUUAUAUUUUAGUUGUAAUGUAUAGCUAAGUCUGGGUGAACCACAUCAAAAUUUUAAUAAUUGUUCGUAAUUAUGCAUCGUGUUAUUUAAAAUAAGUAUUAUCCAUGAGCUGAGAUUUUGUUCUCGAGAAAUCAGCAAUGGUAUUAUAUUCGUCGCGCUAAUUUUUUUCUAAUUUUUAAUUGUCAGAAAUUCCCAAAAUUUAUUGAAAAAAGGCUUCAAUAUCAUUUUUUUUUCAAGGAAACACAUUUAUAGGGAUAACUCAAGGCCAUGACCCCAUUCUUAACAAUCGAAUAAUAUGCUAGGAUUAGUUACUCUACGUUUUGUCUCUGUUCAUUGAAUUACAAAUGGCACUUGAAUGAUAUAAAAAAAACAAGGCGUAACAAAACUCAUUCCUAGUUUAUUAAUAAAGGGUUUAACGUCCUUAAUAAAUUUUAUUCGAGGUUUGGAAGUACAAUUUCUAAAUCCAGGAUCAGAUUCUGAAAUAACUUUUAUUGUUAAAGUAAUAUAAGUUAAUUACGGGAUUGUUACCAUGUACCU